AUGCUGAUUAAAAUUGCCGCACUUGUCUAUCAGAGUACCGAAGGAGCUGCGCUAAGAGUAUGGCAAGUACUGGAUGCGGCCGAUGAUGCUGAAUUUGGGCACAAAAAUGCAAGCGUGAUGAUGGCGAUGCCGAAGCUUUAUCUGUGGCAGUGGAAUAAAACUUUCAAUCAGUCGGGUACUUUUGCAAUCACCGAUUCCAUUUUACAGGACACAGUUGAACCAGGCAUCGAAGCGAGUCCAAGAACCAUGCAAAAUGGCUUAUCAGAUGACGGACCAUCUGUGUCGAGUUCAGCGGAACAGCACGAUUCGAAAAGUACCUCAUCUUCAGCUCUGCCCGGAGCAGCUUUGAAUCUUUUGUUGGAAAUACUCAACGAUUGGGAGCUACGUGAUUUGGUGAUCGAGAAGCACCAGACGGCGUUCGAAAAUUACAUCCAGGAGACGAUUUCUGGAAGUAAUUCUGCUACAGAAUCCCCCUAA